ACUAAUCAAGCAUUUAAGUUCCCGUAAAUGAAAAUGAAGUGACUGAUAAUCUCAGCAGAUACAUACUUCCGAGAUUGCACGGGCAUCAUAUGUACACUCAUCAUCUUUUGCAAGUUGUCGACAACGCUGCCAAAGAUUAGCAUCAUAGUGAUCAUUAAAUGAUGACAAAAUUUCCUUCUAUUUAGUGGUUAAGUACUCAUAAGAUUGUAGUCUGGCUAUUUGUGUUACAACUUGUUUUUGACAAGGAAACAUAGUAUCUGCCACCUUGGCCGAUACAGAUAUCAGAUAUAGGGUCUUGAUUCACUGUCAAUGGCAAUGACAAGAACCUCGAAAGCAUCUACUCUGCAACAAAACCAAACAAAGUAAUGUAACAUGAAGGUAGUUCCAAAAAUAUAUCAUCAUGAAGAAAAAAAAAACAUAUGUUAAAAAACAAAAACAAACAUGAUUGCACCUGAUUCCAGUCUAUCCAAUGCAUCACUCAAUGUGGCUUUUCGAUGUCUCUUGAGCCACCGUGUCAUUUCCUUCUUUUCGUCAGCAUAAAAUUCAUUCAUUUCGAAGACAAAUGCUUGAAAAUACUUACCUUGGUGAGGCGAUGGAUAGAUAUUUCCAGGAUAAUGGAAAGUGUGAUGAAAACAAAGCAAACAGUGACAAGAGCCCAUGUGGGUACGUACUCAAGAAAGCGAACAGACGGGUCUUCAGCUGCCAUGAUCAAGUGAUCUGUGUUCUUUGUAUUCUUUUUAUCAGCUAAAUAAAAUAGCAACGUGGGCAAUCAAGAUGAGAUGCCAGAACUUCUUUGCCAGGAAUUUCUGUUCGUAAUUUAAUUUUCACACCAAUAUCCCACUUAGAUUGUGAAAAAGUUAUUAUACAACUAGAAAGGUAAACAAGGAUUCUGGUCAGCUAUUCAUGAAUUUGCUUAUCUGCCUAAGAAAUUUGUAGAAUCAGAGCUUAUCAUAGGGCAUAGAAUGAUUGAAUCAGAUUCAAUGCUCAUGAUGACAGGAAUUGACAAAACUAUGAGAGUUAGCAUUUUCUUCACUAAAUGCCAACUCUGAUCACCCUAAUUGCAGCCUCAAUCCCAAUCAUCCAUAGUUGCAAAUAAGUUUUGUCUCAAUGAUGUUUCCUCCCAAAUUCAUGUUAUGGUUAUAUCUACAACUAAACUAUGGGAAAAUGUUGAAUGUUGUUUAUAUAGGAGGAGCAUGUGGUUAUGAAGAUGUGGUGAAGCAAGGCUAUGGCUUAAGCACAGCAGCAUUGAGCACAGCUCUGUUCAACAAUGGGCAAGCUUGUGGUGCUUGUUAUGAAAUCAAAUGUGUGGAUGAUCCUAACUGGUGCAAGCCAGGCAAUCCAUCUCUCAUUGUUACAAGGACUAACCUUUGCCCGCCGAAUUACAUUCUACCAAAUGACAAUGGAGGCUGGUGCAACCCUCCGCAAGAACAGUUAGAUAUAGCCAAGCCCGUCUUCGAACAAAUUGCUGGCUGCACUGCUGGCAUUGUUCCAGUUCAAUAUCGCAGGUAUUACACUGACACCCACCCACUAAUCGCACCUCAAUGAGGUCUACCGUCUGUUUUACAGGGGUUUGGCUUCCAUGCCUGUUGAGGCUCCACCACUCCAACUGUCGGAAGUACUAGAACUCAGCUGUGACCAUUAACCAAAAAUUGAUAUGAGCUCAUAACAUUAUACACUCGCGUGUAUUCAGAAGUCUGUGGCAUAAUGAAUUAAUGAUGGGUAGAAUAGAACAGAACAAGCAGCUAAGUUGAGAUUCUUCUCAAGCGAAGGGAUACAAUGCAGACCAAAGAACAAAGCUCAUAUUUAAGAGCUCAUUGGAAUUGAAAGCAACUGGCAUUCAUUAAAACCAUCAGAUUUCAGACAUUAUUAACUGGUGCCUACAAGCACCACAACAUAAGACGCAUAUUGUAAAGUAAAAAAACACCA